AUGAAGUUCUCUACGACAGCCUCGCUGGCCUUCCUCCCAGCACUGCUUCAAGCCGCCGUUGUCCCACGACAAAGUCAAGGAGAUGGAGCACAAGGAGACGCAGAUGCCACUCAAGGCGAUCUCGCAGCUCGCCCUCCUCCACGAUUCCCUUUCCCAGUUACCACAUUUCCAGUCACAACCGAGACGGUCGUUCUCCAAGACGCCAUGUACAUCAUGCCCGGCCAGAUCUUUGACGGCGGCAUGAAGAGAUAUGAACGUCCCAAGGGAAGCUGUAAUGAGCAGGCUGAAGGUACGGAUGCAGAUGCAGUCUUCAAUCUGCUACCAGGAAGCACAAUUAGGAACGUGAUCAUCGGUAAACACCAGUCGGAAGGAAUCCAUGCUUUGGGUGACGCUUGGGUUGAGAAUGUUUGGUGGGAAGACGUCUGCGAAGACGCACUUACAUCCAAGGGAUUGAAUACCCAGCUGCGCGUCAUUGGGGGUGGAGCCAGAAAUGCAACAGACAAGAUCUUCCAAGACAACUCCCUCGGAGGCAAAUACAACAUUACUGGCUUCUAUGCAGAGAACUUCGGAACAUUCUACCAAUCAUGUGGCAACUGCUUGAACCAAGCCAAGCGCAAUGCUACCAUUCAAAACAUCGUUGCUGUGUACGGGAACCGCAUGGGCAUAAUCAACCCCAACUACGGUGACGAGAUCCGAAUCGUCAAUGCUCAAAUCUCCAACGUGACAGUCAUGGUGGACAAGGAAAUCGCAAACAACGUUCAGACAGUCCCAUACACGAUCGGCACGGGCCCAGAUCAAAAGUACGCCUUGUAUAACUUGACGAGAGAUCAUAUCGUGCCGUUUGAUGGGAAGGUCACCAACCAGUAUGUGCCAGAGCAGCCAUAUGAGUGGUUGGCUACCGCAUGGCCUGAGGGAUACUAG